UCAACAAUAUAUGUGAUACGCUUAAUAAAAUGUGUAUAAAACCGUUUACAACUUGUAAAUAAGUAUUUAAUGACUUUGGUUCAAUAUGUGGUCGUUUUUCUCACGGGAUCCUACAAAGGACUUUCCAUAUGAAGUGGGAGAUCCGAUACCAGGUUUGGAGGAUAGAUCAGUUUGGUCUUUACACAAAGGAAAGAAAAGAGGAACCCAAGAUGAGGUGUCAAUCUUCUUGUUUGAUGUUCAGAAAAACUCGGAGACCCUAUUCGAUAUAGCAAAAGCUUCACUUAAAAAGCUGAAAACUAUGAGACAUCCCAGCUUAUUACAUUAUUUAGAUAGUUGUGAAACUGAGAAAUUUUUAUAUGUAGCUACAGAAUAUGUUGAACCUUUAGUGACUCAUUUGGAAGAUAUGAAACUUGAGGGUCAACAAAAAGAAUUGUUUCUAGCAUGGGGUAUAUUUCAAAUUACUAGAGCAUUAUCAUUUUUUAACAAUGAUGGGAAUAUGAGACACAACAAUGUUUGCCUUUAUUCAGUCUUUGUCACAUCUGCUGGGGAAUGGAAGCUCGGAGGGUUUGAGUUCCUCACAGCACAAGGCCAAGAUACAUCUAGUCCGAUACCUAUAAAAAUUUUACCCGCUCUAGAAAUAUAUGACCCACCUGAAAAGAAUGAUCCUGCUAGACUAAAAUCUGUUACAAAAUGCUCAUCAGAUAUGUGGGGUCUAGGGUGUUUGAUAUGGGAGGCAUUUAAUGGUCCAUUGAAAAAUCAACCAGCGCUCAAAACAGUUGAUACUAUACCAAAGCAACUCUGUACGUUAUAUUGUGAAUUAGUCAGUGCAAAUCCUGCCUCUAGACCAAACCCUGCUGAUAUUAUAACAAGAUGUAGAAAAAUAGGUGGUUAUUUCAAAAAUGAUUUAAUAGAUACAAUGUUGUUCCUAGAAGAGAUUCAAAUAAAAGACAAAUUGGAGAAAGUUAAGUUUUUCUCAACGCUUAGUUCAUAUUUGGACAACUUUCCUGAGGCAGUUUGUGUGCAUAAGAUUUUGCCCCAGUUAUUAACUGCGUUCCAUUAUGGAGAUGCAGGAUCUGCGGUAUUGGCACCAAUGUUUAAGUUGGGUAAACUAUUGGAAGAAGAAGAUUAUCAAAAGCAAAUUGUGCCGUGUGUUGUGAAGCUGUUUGCGUCCAAUGACCGCACAACGCGCUCCCGGCUGCUGCAGCAAUUAGAUCAAUUCAUUAUGCAUCUACAGAAUUCUACUGUAAAUGACCAAAUAUUUCCCCAAGUGGUGCACGGCUUCUUGGACACUAAUGCGAUCAUAAGAGAGCAGACUGUCAAGUCCAUCAUUCACUUGGCAUCGAAACUUAAUUACAAUAACUUGAAUGUUGAAGUACUAAAGCAUUUCGCAAGGUUACAGUCCAAAGACGAUCAAGGAGGUAUUAGGACCAACACAACAGUAUGCUUGGGCAAGAUCGCGGCGCACCUUCACCCGCAGAUACGUCAGAAGGUGCUCGUGUCCGCGUUCGUGCGCGCGACUCGAGACGCGUUCCCUCCCGCGCGGCAGGCGGGUGUGCUCGCGCUCGCCGCCACGCAGCAAUACUUCCUGCUCGCUGAGGUCGCUAAUAGAGUGCUGCCGGCGCUCUGCCCUCUCACCACUGACCCGGAGAAACAGGUCCGUGAUGCGGCAUUUCGAACCAUACGGGGCUUCCUUGGUAAACUAGAGAAAGUGUCUGAAGAUCCAAGCUUAAAGGAAGGAAUGGAGGCAGACGUGCACACAGCGACGCCGUCGCUUAGCAACGCGGCGGCGACGUGGGCGGGCUGGGCUGUCACAGCCGUCACUGCAAAGUUCUAUCGCUCGCAUUCUGAUACAGCGCGCGUACAGCACUCAGUCAAAUCUGCACUCUCUAAACCUGGAUCACUCGAGCAACCAUCGUCAAGCAGCAUGUCGACUACAACAUCGUCGGUGACGUCGAUGACGUCACUGGAGCACAGCGAGUCCGCGUCUGACUACGACCCCGAGCACUGGGACAUGACCGCCUGGGGCGAGAUAGACUCCAGCGCGGGUACGGGGACUGGUGCAAGUGGUAAGUCAGCAAGUAGCGGCAGUGCACAAGCCACGCCCGCACUCGCAGCGCUCUGUGAGGACGACUGGGACGGAGAGUGGGGCACACUGCAGGAACAACCUAGCGCGGAAGCAGACUUAGCCAGUCCAUCGGAGACGUGGAACAACGCAACAUGGUCUGAGGCGGUGAUAUCGUCUGCUAACAGUGCGCAUGCUACGUAUGUACGUGGCCCAGCGCGACUCGCACACAACACCACCCCCACCCCCACCCUCACCCCCACACAGCAGCACAGCACAGACUCCCUCGCCGGCUGGGAGGAUACCGAGUUCGAACCCAUCGAAGAGAAUGCUGACGAAAACAAUGCAUCAAAAAUGGACGAAAUGAGAAGAAAACGUGAGGAGAGAAAAUUGCAAAGACAGAGGGAAAUGGAGGCUAGACGUAGUGCGCGCGGGCAGGGACCAAUGAAGCUGGGCACCAAGUUAACCGGACCCCCGCCACCCUUCUAGUGCCCGCGCCCUCACGGACCAAGUAACAUUGGAACUAGACAUCACCCCGUCCCCUAAUGUGUGCCGCUUCUAUAUGGCGUUGUCGUUUUUGCCGCCAUUUUAUAAAUUGAAUCGAUGUCUUUUGACAUUCAUAUUU